AUGUUUCUCGACCGGAUCUCCGACGACCCACGUAUUGAAGACUCGCCAUCUAGAAGAGACAACCAGCAUCGACUCAGUGCACGCAUGUCACUCCCCUUCCUCUUCUUCUUCCCUUCCAUUCCUCAGCGUCAAGAACCACCACCACCGCCGCCGCCGCCGCCGCCGCCGCCACUGUCACCACCGCCGACUCCUCCCCAACCUCCACCACCGCUAUCACCACCGCCGAACCCUCCCCAACCUCCGCCUCCGCUAUCACCUCCCGAGUAUCCUCCAUCGUACCCGUCAAAGCCUGAACCUCCCCCCGUUGGACGUGGGCGCGAAGGCCUGCUUGGUCCACAGCCCAUUGUGCGAGAUUGA